UUGCUGUGAGGGAAGAGAAAAAAACAUGAUUCCUCCAGCUCCAGAUCAAAAUCUGAGAUUCUGAUCCAAAGAGCUCCCAGCCCAGGAGAGGUGCCCGUUCUGCAUCUACUCCACGAACCGCCCCGCAGCGAUGGAGUGCCACCUGAAGACUCACUAUAAGAUGGAGUACAAGUGUCGGAUCUGCCAAACAGUGAAAGCAAAUCAGCUGGAGCUGGAGAUGCACAUCCGAGAACACCGCCUUGGCAACCAUUACAAAUGCGACCAGUGUGGCUACCUGUCCAAGACUGCCAACAAGCUGAUUGAGCACGUGCGUGUCCACACUGGUGAGCGCCCGUUUCACUGUGACCAGUGCAGCUACAGCUGCAAACGCAAAGACAAUCUCAACUUGCACAAGAAACUGAAGCAUGCUCCACGCCAGACUUUCAGCUGCGACGAGUGCCUGUUCAAGACUACCCACCCUUUUGUCUUCAGCCGCCACGUGAAGAAGCACCAGAAUGGGGACUGCUCCGAAGAGGAGAAGAAGGGCCAGUAUUCAACCUCCAAGGAAGCCAGUCCACUCCUACCAGUGAACAGCUCCAGAAACCUCCUGUCACCCCUCUCAGUUAUGUCAGCCUCCCAGGCUCUGCAAACAGUGGCUAUGUCAGCUGCACACAGCAGCGGGGCAGAGCCAAACUUGGCAAUGAAGGCCUUGGCCAUCAACGGCACUUCCUUGUGCUUUGAUAAAUACUGGAACUCUGAAUUUGCUCACCUUAUUCCCUUAACAAUGUUUUUCCCCAAAAACCACUAUGAUCUCACAUUCCAUCCACCCAGACCUCAGACUGCACCAGGAGGUGCCUCUUCACCUAAACACUCCUUCCUUGCCUACCUUGGACUAAUAGAAAGGGCAGAAACUGUCUGAGGGCAGUUACAUUCUGUACCAAAAAUACCCCAACAAACCCAGCAGGUAUGUAUUGCUGCAAAACAUAGACCGAAGAGGUAACGAACACUUGUACUAUAUAUAUCAUUAGUAAGGUUUAGAAAAAUGGCUCUGUGUGUAUACUUAUUGCAUUGACAUGAAAGCUGCUUUAUUAAAUCUUCAAGAGGUGACCUACUGCAUACUUCUACCUUCAGAGGCAUGUUCCCAGUACUCUUAUCUAAGAAACGAUUUUGUCUUGUUAAGCUGAACACGAGUGUCCUUAAUGGCAAUCAGCACUUGUAAGACUACAUAUUGAUGCGUUUUAUUUUUGGUCUGUGUGGGUGGGUGGGUGUGUGAAAGAGAGUCUGUCUGUAGCGUGCCAUGAUAUUGCUUUUGCACAUCCCUUGUAUUGGCUUAUUUAAUUAUUAUUAAUUUUUUCCCCCCUUUUCACACACUUGCUUCACCCUUUCCUCCUGUCUCCCCAUGAACUGUAGAUUUGCGGAGGGAGUAAUGCUUGGUUCAGUGUGGAUUGGUGUAUUAUUUCAGCGCUGCUUUGCAGCUUCCUUUAGUUUGAUGCCUUGUACUCAUCUGUCAAGGUUUGAGGAUUUUUGGGUAGAACUGAUGAGGAAGAAGUUGCUUUCAGCACUGCAGCAUGAGAGUAUGACGAUGAAAAGGGUGUGUAAGUACAUACAUAGGCAGAUGCAGUGUGAGCAGGCAACACACCCACAGAACAGGCCCAAUUCUUAACUGCUACACAGGUGUAACAAACACCUGAGUUUGGGCCAUAGCAUACAUCUUUUGUUUUAAAAGGGCAUAUAAAGAUUUAUAUAUAUGUGUGUGCGUGUGUGUACACACACACACACAUAUAUAUAGAUAUAUACACACACACACACUGUAUUAAUGCAGUGGUUACCUUUUAGUUUGCAGGAACAACUUGUAUAACUAGAAUUUUAUGGUGGAAAAAUCCAACAAAGGGGAUUUAAAAAAAAAAAAAGGGUAUGGAUAAAUUCUGGGUAUAAAUACUCAGACUAAAAAAAAAAGGCAGUUUUGCACAGUGCUUUAGUCUUGCACUACUUUGUUUCUCACUUGCAAAAAAAAAAAAAAAAAGAAAGAAAAAUUCUGUGGGAUGAAGGUAAUAAGACUGUAUAUUUGAAAUGGUACCAGUAACUUCUCUGAAAUAGAAAGGUAUAAAAAGAUGCUGUUGUAACCUUACAGUUCUCUUUUAUACCCUCACUAUUUCAAUUGUACUUGCAGAUUCUACAGACCUAUCAAUACCCUCCAUGCUAUUAGUAAUACUUUACUCCUUUUUGUUAAUGGCUGAUAAAGAGUGUACACCGCUAGGAAGCUAACUUACUUUAUACUUAUUUAAUGCUCUUACUUUGUGGUCAUUAAAAUGACAUGUUAUAUGUAGCACUUUACUACAGGAAGAAGCAAAUGUGGAUGGGUUUUAUAACCUUUGUUAAUCUCAAAAUGCCAACAAUGAUCUUAAAGAGGAGAAAUUGAAUGACUGUUAACUGAUUUGCAUUUCUUAGACAACUUGAUAUCCAGGAAGAAAGAUCAGGAUUAAAAAAACUCUGCAUUAAAAUUGGAAGUAUAACAUAUAAAACAUUUCAGCAUAAUCAUGUGACUUACAGGAAUGCUUUCUUACUGGACUAUUGUUAUCCAUGACUGGACUAUUGUUAUCCAUGGUGUAUCUUGGAAUUGGAUGUUGCUGUCUUUCAUGAGGUAUGAGAGAUCUGUCUGACCUAGCUUUUUGCAGCGUCUCCUCCUUCCCCCUCAGCCAAGCCCUGACUCGCUUUUAAUGUGUUAUCCACCCACCCUCGUGCUAUCUCAAAGCAGCUUCUUCUGCAGGUUGUGGGAGGAGGGAUGUGCCAGGCUUCAGGGGCCGCUGGAGCCAGCCCCUUGUCUGUGACAGCACUAAAGCAAAGUCCCAAUUCAGAGAGGCAUUUUUGGUCCGUAAGGGCUCUAAGCUUAUGCAAAAUUAGAAACAUAAUCUCUAUCUCCAUUGUUUCUUAAAUGAAACUUGUGAAGAAAUACUUUUUUGACUGAAAACUUGCAUCAUUUAACCUAGUUGCAAGAUUCCUACCUUUGUUUUGCACUGAGAAGGCCAACCAUUCUCCGCUGUCAUGACCAAACUCUUCCUGUAGAGCUUUGGGGAGGACAUCCUUAUCCGUGCACUCCUCUUUACAUACUGGAAGUUAUUUACAAGGGGGAACUAUCCAAAAAAGUAGCAGGUUAUUAUUUGGAAUUAGUAACUAAAAAGACAGAGAACUCCACCAUCUUGUUUACAUUCCAGCAGACAGUUUUGGUUCAAUUGAGCAUGUGGCAGUUCUGUCUAUCUAAGCAGUCAAGAAAAGCCAUCUAUUCCAAAUUGUGUGUGUAAACCUUAGUAAAGAACGUGCAUAACUAACUCAGGGCCCUGUUUGCCUGCUUUACUCCAUCAGAACUCCUGGUAACCCCCCUAGGAGUACAGACGAGAUAGAAAAUGCUGUAUUAGUAAAUACUCAAAGUAUAAAAACUGUUAAAAAUCAAGUAUCUCAGCAGCAUGAAAUAUGCAAUCUGCAUCCAAGAACUAUACCAGUUGUAUAAAAUACACUCGAUGCAUAUCUCUGACCCCACCAUAGUAGCGCAAACACUUCCAAAUCAAAAGGCUUGUUUUUUAAACCAACAGGUGAAGUACAGCUGUCUAGAAGGAAGAAGUAGGAAUCGUAAUGGGAUACUUUACGUAAACCAAACUGCAAUAUAAAUAGGGCUGGAACUUCCAAGAACGAGCUAUCAACAUACUAAUGCCGCAUGUUUAACAAUGUUCCACUGUACCAGUAUCUGAAAUAGUAAUGUUUAAUGUACCUGGGAAACUUUGUUUAGCACUUUGGAAAGAAUCAAUUAAUUCUUUCUGGUAACUUCUAAAAGUUUUCUCUGUAAGGCAAAAAGUGUGUUAGGAGUUUCUUUUUUCUUUUAAGAAAAAACCCAGUAUUUAUCAGAGUUCAUGCAUAUUAAAAUAAUUGGUUUGCAGUUCAAGGCUAAAGAAACGAAUAUGCUCCUACAUACUGAAGACCAAUGGUUCUGAUAAAUUCCCCCCACCAUAAAGCAAAUUUCAUACUGGUUUUCACUAUGCAUUCUUUAAUGAAAGAUAGCAUGUUUCUCCAUUCAGUAAUUCAGUUAAAGCUCUCAGCACUUUUUUCUUUCUUUCUUCUGUCUUUUUUUUUAACUUGUUGUAUUAUGUUCAAAUAUCAAUCUGUCAAGGUUUGUGUACAUUAAUAACAAAUUUGUAUUUGUAUAAAGCUUUUUGCAUUAUAAGGCUGUACAGGGUCAUUUUGACAGUAACUGGUAUAUUCCUUUGCAUCUUACGUUGCAUUGCAAAUUUCUAGUGUAUCCAGUUUGGAAGUACAAUAUACUCU